AUGGUUCCUGCCAAUUAUUCCGAUGAACCGAAUUACAUUAUUCAAUAUCUGAAGAAAAUUCCAAUAACAUUUGGAUGGGUGCGCUUGGCUCUUGUACUGGGGACUGGUCACAAACGUAAGAGCCCGGAGAUUCUGGACGACAAUGUGAAGCAAUUUGAGGGCGCUGGAAUUACUCCAGGAAUUGUUCCUACUCCAGAAGUCUUGGCUUCCUUGAAGCAAGAAUCGAAAGCACUCGUAGAAAUUUAUGAGAAGUUGACCAAAAAUUUAUUGCGCGAGGUUUAUAGAGCACUCCAUCUGGGUGAAAUCAUGGUUGGUAAACUCAUACCAGGACGCCGAAGGUACAACUCCGUCGGUCAUCCAUUGGAAGAUUAUGAUGAAGAAAUGAGUUACUCAUUAAAUACCAAUGCGGGCAAGUUGCCAAGUCAGUCCAAACCUGAAAAAAUGGCAUCUGAUGCGUCAAAUACUGAUGACAUGAAUGAUGAAAAAUCAAAGAAAAGACCGAAAAUCACUUCUGAUGAAAAUGCUGAUACAGGUGAUGGGUUACAACUAUCUAGAUCUGGAGCUUCCGUGAUAGUUGUCGAAGAUGAUAUAGAUGAAGAAAACGGUGUACUACUGGCAGUAAUUUUUCCAAACGACAUGAUCUUUAAAGGUAUUAAUGAUGUAUUUAGAUAUAGAGUGAUGUGGUGGCAUGGAAUGAUUCAGAAGUGGAUCAGUCACUGGACAAUUGAACUCAAACAUCUAGUAACCAAAAAAGUUCAAUUUUGGUGGAAGUAUUCUCCUAUGUGA